GGUGAACACCCCUAAAAAGGACGAUUCCAAGUCGCUGAGAUGUCAACAUGGCGGAGGAAAAUAUGACAUCCGCCGUUAGUUCAGAAACAAGUGGGAAAAUAUUUGAAGAUGUGUUUGUCAAUGGGUGUACGGAUAUCAUGGACGAUAGUGUUAAAGAAUCGGAUGAUGUUCAGACGCCAACCGAGGAAAACCAUUCAAAUGAACCCAUCAUGCCACGAAAAAGUAGCUUCAUGUGCAAAGAUGGGAGCAGAAAACCACCUCGAAAAAAGACCGUAUCAUUCAGCAGCAUGCCUACAGAGCGGAAAAUUGCAACAGCUCAAGACUGUCUUCAAUGUAUGCAGAGCGGCAGCGAAUUAAUAAAAGUCCGGUCCAACAGUCGUCAAUACCAUCGUAUAUUUACACUCAACCCAGACAUGACAGAAAUCCGUUGGCAGCCGACAUCCAAAAAACCCCACAAAGCCCGAAUAUCCAUUGCUUCCAUAAAAGAAGUCAGAGGUGGAAAAACCACAGAGGCCCUGAAGAAUAAGGAAAUAGCAGGGAUUUAUCAAGAUGAGUGUGCUUUCUCUAUCAUCUUUGGUGAGGACUUUGAAUCCAUGGAUCUCAUUGCUAAUACUCCAGAUGAAGCCAAUAUAUGGAUUACUGGACUCACAUGUCUCAUCAACACAAGUGCCAAAACCGGAACACCCCCUGAAGCCAUUGAAGAAAUGCAACAAAUGAGAGAUUCAUGGCUACAGGAAAUGUUUGAAACUGAGGCUAGCCAAUCAGCAGGGACUCUGGACGAAAAGGGUGUGGUCAAUUUAGUCGCCAAACUCAAUAGCAAUAUUGCCACAGCUAGAGUCCAACAAAAAGUCAAGGAAAUUGAAUUAAACAGAGUUGAGUCUGCUGAAAGAGGGAGGUUGAACAGUGAAGAAUUUAUUAGCCUUUUUAAGGAUGUUUCAACUCGACAUGAAAUUUACUUUCUAUUAGUACGGUAUGCCAGCAAUACAGACUACCUCACCACAGAUGACCUACUUCUAUUUUUAGAAGCAGAGCAAGGAAUGCAAAGAGUGACGAAAGACAAAUGUAUUGAUAUAAUCAAUAGGUUUGAACCCUCAAAAGACGGGAGAAAGAAAGGGCAGUUAGGAAUAGAUGGAUUCACAGAUUAUUUGCUGUCUGAGGAAUGUGAUAUAUUUGAUCCUGACCAGAACAAAAUUUGUGAGGACAUGAACCAACCUUUGAGUCAUUACUUUAUUGCCAGCUCGCACAAUACGUAUCUUAUGAAAGACCAGUUGCAAGGUCCGUCUAGUGUUGAGGCUUAUAUACGUGCCCUUACGAAAGGAUGUCGCUGUGUGGAACUGGAUUGCUGGGAUGGACCAAACGAUGACCCCAUUAUUUACCACGGACAUACCUUCACCUCAAAGAUACAGUUCAAGGCCGUUAUUGAAGCCAUUAACACUUAUGCAUUUGAAACCUCUGAGUAUCCUGUGAUAUUGUCAAUAGAAAACCAUUGUAACAUCAAACAGCAGCAGGCGAUGGCUGAAUACAUGACCUCAAUAUUUGGAGAUAAGUUGUGUAGUGAGAGUGUCCCUGAGAACGAGACUUGUCUUCCUUCACCAGACUCUCUCAAAGGAAAAAUACUUAUCAAGGGUAAGAAGUUGCCUCCUGACUCAGAGGACGGGUAUGUUACAGAUGAGGAUGAAGGGGCGGAGUCAGACAAGAAGAAAAAUAACAAAACCAAGGAUCACCCAGUGAAGAAGCACAAACUGGCUAAAGAGUUGUCUGACUUGGUGAAUUAUUGUGUGUCCACUAGAUUCCAUGACUUCCAAUUAUCCCAAACAAGUCAGAAAUACUAUGAGAUGUGUUCAUUCAGUGAAUCCACUGCCAUCAAACUGGCCAUGAGUUGUCCUGAGGAGUUUGUAAACCACAAUAAGAAGUUCCUGUCACGUAUUUAUCCCAAUGGAAUGAGGGUGGACUCCAGUAACUAUAACCCACAGGACCUCUGGAAUUGUGGGUGUCAGAUGGUGGCCUUGAAUUAUCAAACCCAUGGUUUAAUGAUGGAUCUAUACCAUGGAUUCUUUCGACGUAAUGCUAACUGUGGGUAUAUUCUAAAGCCAGCAAUUAUGAGGGAGGAGAUUGCGUACUUCAGCGCCAACACAAAAGACGUCAUUCCAGGGGUGUCACCUCAAAUAUUGCACAUAAAGGUUAUCAGUGGACAGCAUUUUCCGAAACCCAAAGGUUCUGGUGCCCGCGGCGAUGUUACAGACCCAUAUGUUACCAUAGAGAUUUUCGGCAUCCCUGCUGACUGUGCAGAAGAGAGGACCAAAACUGUGCCCCAUAAUGGAUAUAGUCCCAUAUUUGAUGAGAGUUUUGAGUUCCAGAUUAACCUUCCUGAGCUGGCUUUGGUUCGGUUCGCUGUCUUGGAUGACGAUUAUAUCGGUGAUGAGUUCAUUGGACAGUACACCAUUCCUUUUGAAUGCAUGCAGACAGGAUACAGACAUAUUCGUUUAUGCUCCAAUACAGGAGAGGAGAUUCCUAACUGCACCUUGUUCAUUCAUGUGGCAAUCACAAACAAACGAGGAGGAGGGAAGGCACACAAGCGUGGAAUGUCGGUGAAAAAGAAAACCAAACGUGAUUACACCAGUAUGAAGUCAGUGGGAGUGAAAAGCAUUGAUGAAACAUUCAAGGUUGCUAUUCAACCACUGCGAGAUGGCACAGACCUCAGGGAUAAUGUACAGAUAACUCUAGCUGACUUCAAAGAAACUUGUGGGUUAUCUCCUAUUGCCAACAUCAAACAGUGCUUCCGUUUAAUGGGUACCAGGCUAUCCAACUCCACUGAGCAGGCUAAUCUGACCCUCGUUAUGAGAGGGGAGUAUCCAAGCCUAGAAGCUCAAGGCAAUCUGCCAGAUAUUUUGAAGAAAGCGCUCCUCUCCUUUGAUGAGUUGGUGGCAGAAAUUAAGAAUUUACUUGAAAAUGCAGACACAGUUUAUGAAAGGUUACUGCAUUGCAAGCGAGCUGGGAUGGAGUGGCAUGAAGAUUUGGAGAAUAUUUGCCAGCAGUCAGGCCUGAAGGGCAAAAAGUUAUCAAAGGCCAUGGAGAAUUUCUCCUGGAAUAUAAGGGUAUUAAAAGGACAAGCAGAUUUAAUCAACCAAGCCAAAAAAGAAAGCCAAGAAUAUCUCAGACAAAUCACAGAAGCAGCACAAUCAAUGGGGCUUGGGAAAUUCAACGACAGCCAAUCAGAUAUACCAGAUGUCCUGGACAGUCCAUUAUGAUGUAGAGUCCGUCACCAAAAAGCUGUGGUCUCAACAGGUGCCACUCUCAAGGAAUGCAUAUGUCAUUGAACCACCAAGCAGUUCUGAAACAACCUGGGAAAUCAAGCGUUUACACCAAUGUCAGAAAUUAUACAUAAUACAUGUACCAUAAUAUCUAUUGAUUUGAUAUUGCUGCCAAAAACA